AUGGGGCCGCCGCGGCUGCUGCUGCUGCUGCUGCUGGGCUGCCUGGCGCCGCUCCUGUCGCCUCCCGGCGCCGCCGAGUUCAGCCCGUCCCUGGACAGCGACUUCACCUUCACGCUGCCGGCCGGCCGCAAGGAGUGCUUCUACCAGCCGAUGCGCAAGGAGGCCUCGCUGGAGCUCGAGUACCAGGUUCUAGAUGGAGCAGGAUUAGAUGUUGAUUUUCAUCUACUUUCUCCAAAAGGUGAAACUUUAGUUUUUGAUGAAAGAAAAUCAGAUGGAGUUCAUACGGUGGAGACAGAAGAGGGGGAUUACAUGUUCUGCUUUGACAAUACGUUCAGUACCAUUUCUGAAAAGGUGAUUUUCUUUGAACUGAUCCUGGACAAUAUGGGGGAAGAAGGACAAGAUCAAGAGGACUGGAAGAAGUAUGUUACUGGCACAGAUCUUCUAGAUAUGAAACUAGAAGACAUUCUGGAAUCCAUCAACAGUGUCAAAGCCAGAUUGAGCAAAAGCGUCCAGAUUCAGACCCUACUCAGAGCAUUUGAAGCUCGUGACCGAAAUAUACAAGAAAGCAACUUUGACAGAGUGAAUUUUUGGUCCAUGGUCAACUUGGGAGUAAUGGUGGUGGUAUCAGCUGUUCAGGUUUACAUGUUGAAAAGUCUCUUUGAGGAUAAGAGGAAAAGUAGAACUUAACAUUCAGUACAAUUGUAACAGUGUAACAUGGUAAGGGAAAAAGAGCAAGAAACUGAUUUACGUAAGAAAAAAAGAGAAACCUCUUUGAGAGUCCUUUGAACAGGCAGUAGCCACAUCAGGUUUUCAAAUUAUUAUUAUUUUUUUUUAAGAUGAAGAGAAUGCCUUGUCCCAUGUUCUUCCUUUUUUUUUUUUUUGCAGCUGCUAUUAACACUUUUUAUGCGUAUAGCAUUUGUUAAUGAUUGUUACUGACAGUGCACAGGAUGCUUGGUACAUAUGCAAAGUAUUGUUAAUAUUGGUGGGUUUUUUUUUUUCCAUGUUCACAUAAAAUUUUAAAUGGUAACUUUAGAUAUGAGUUGGUUUGCUGGUUAACAUCGAACAAAUUUCUAGGUGCCUAAAAAUUGUAGCCCAUGAGAGUAGCCCGGUGACAGUCACUUAUUUUCAAAGUUACAUGUUUUAAAAAAUCUUCAGCUUGUGGGUAAAGUGUCACAUAGAAACACUGGGCUAACACUGGGAGAACAAAAUGAGAUUUUCUUUAUUAUUUUAAUAUAUAGAUGAUUAACAUCAGCACUUUAAAAGAAGCACUGUCAAUGUGUAAGUGAUCUUGAAGGGAACUGGAGAAAAUAAGUGAUUUCUGUUGAAAAACUCCUCUAUAGUUGUACAGCCCUAUUUCUUUUUUCUCUGUUACAUGAGAUUUGAGAGACAACUAUAUUGUAUACAGAUAAAAAGCACACACACCUGGAAGUGUGGGUUAUGAACUUCUACAUAAUUGUAACCUCCUGUAAUAGUAUUUUUUCAAGUAGAUAUUUCAGUUGUUAUUUCUUUUCCCUUUAAUAAAGGGAAAGGGGUCAUGGUAUGUGAAAACAAACUUUUUGAAGUCUCAAAAUCCCUUUUAUUUGCCAAUUUAUUUUUUAUUUGUCUACUACAUGCCUAUGACUAAUUCAGCAGUUAAUCAAGUGAUUUACAUAGGCUUCAAAAACCAAAGCUGUUCAAUUAUGCAUUUUCCUUUUGCUUACCUUAACUACUCUUCUACAUGCCUGGGUACACUCAAUCAAUUAAGCAGUGUUUGCAUAUCCAGCUGUUUAUAUAGAUAAGACAUUAAGUGAGCAAUAAAUACAGGAUUCAAAUUUCUAAUGACUGUAUAGUUUCCAGAUUAAAAAAAAGCAUAGUAAGAUUAUGGAGCAUUUCUGCAAAAAACCCCUGGUGUGUGAUAGUUAACUAGUUUUAAAGAGUUCAAACUUACUCAUUUUUACAGUGUGCCAAAUCACUGAAUUCCUGUAUAAACGUGUUAAAGACAGUA